CGCGAAAACUCUUUACGCAAACAUAAUUUUAUUCCAUUGAUAUACAAUAUUAUUCGAGUCCUGGCAGAGCGUGGAGAAUUGGAUGCACGUAUAGAGCAUGCGAGAAAAGAGGUGGCCAAAAGGAGAAAGGAACGUGCAGAGAAAAAGAAAAAUGCUGAUGCUUAG